AUGCAGCUGUGGGAAACUGUACAGGACAGUUGGGAUCACGACGCUGAGGCACGUAUCACAGCUGGUUGCAUUGCAGGGAGACUCCAGAAUCUUAGCCAGAGGUAUCCUCCUUCGUCUGACGAUCCCGCUAGUCUUAUGCCUUUCCUCGCCCCAACAUCAUCAAUCAAUACUCCCGCUUCUUCCUCCUCAUCCUCGUCACUAGAGGUCAUCGAGGCAAUUCCCGUUGCUUCUGAACCAAACCCUGAUGCUGUGCCCCUCCUCACCUCUUCACCCGUACCUCAUCUCGACUCUGGUGCCGUCGCCACUAAAGAAAACACGGCCGUAGUCGAGUUGGAUACGGGAGGGAUCGGGGAAAGAAGGGCAACAAAGUCGGGAGAGCGUGAAGUCGCUGUGGGCACCCUGCGUAGUGAGGCCCUGCGGCGCAAGGAAAGGCUCAUUAACUUGCGCAAACAGGCGGAAAUAAAGGAUCUUUCCGCCACAAGUCCAGCGCUUGAUGUGGAGGAACAACUACCCAAACCCAUAUUUCGUAACUAUAAGCCGAUUUCUGAAGAAUUGAAAGAUGGUCAACUACCUGAGGGCUCGAUGAUUGAUCUGGAUGCGCACGUCGCAGAACAGCUAGAGGCAGCGAAAGCGCAAUCAGUUGUCGAUGAGGUGAAUUUGUUCAAUUUGGCUCCUCGAAAACCAGAUUGGGAUUUAAAACGUGGCGUGGAGAAGAAGCUAAAGAAGCUUGAACGAAGGACACAGCGUGUCAUUGCCGAGAUAAUUCGUAAGUGCUGUAACUCUUUUUUAUACCUUGGGCUAUGGGCUCAUGUUGUCUAUCAGUGCUACAGCCCCAUCCAUCUUCACUAG